GGUGGAUACAUGAAGAUCCCAAAGACAGCUGCACUGACUUUAUUUUCUUGGGCCAGACACGGUGUAGGGCCCAGAAGCCCUGUGUUGCUUCCAGGAUACCUUUGGUAUACAAUUUAGGACAAUGAAUCCUGUGAGUGAUGGGGGCACAUCAGAGAGCAUUUUUGACCUGGACUAUGCAUCCUGGAAGAUCCGUUCAACACUGGUGGUCGCUGGCUUCACCUUUUACCUGGGUGUGUUCGUGGUCUGCCACCAGCUGUCGUCUUCCCUGAAUGCCACGUACCGCUCUUUGGUGGCCAAAGAGAAGGUGUUUUGGGACCUAGCAGCCACACGUGCAGUUUUUGGUAUUCAGAGCACCGCCGCUGGCCUGUGGGCUCUGCUGUGGGACCCUGUGCUUCAUGCUGACAGGGCGCUUGGUCAGCAGAACUGGUGCUGGUUUCAUGUCACAACGGCCACUGGGUUCUUUUUCUUUGAAAAUGUAGCAGUUCACCUGUCCAACUUAUUCUUCCGGACAUUUGACUUGUUUCUGGUUGUCCACCAUCUCUUUGCCUUUCUUGGAUUUCUGGGCUCAGUGAUCAAUCUCAGAGCUGGCCACUACUUAGCUAUGACCACGUUGCUUCUGGAGAUGAGCACCCCUUUUACCUGCAUUUCCUGGAUGCUCCUAAAGGCUGGCUGGUCCGAUUCUCUGUUUUGGAAGCUCAACCAGUUGCUGAUGAUCCACAUGUUUCACUGCCGCAUGGUCUUGACCUACCACAUGUGGUGGGUGUGUUUCUGGCACUGGAAUGACCUGGUCAGCAGCCUGUAUCUGCCUCAUUUGGCACUCUUCCUUGUUGGGCUGGCCCUCCUUACACUAAUCAUUAAUCCAUAUUGGACCCAUAAGAAGACUCAGCAGCUUCUCAAUCCAGUGGAUUGGAACUUUGCACAGCCAGAAACCAAGAGCAGCUGGCCAGAAAGGACCAAUGGUCAGGUGCUGCAGAAGAAGAAGAGGACAUAGCUGCUUGGCAGCCACCAGACGAUUAGAUAAGGCACACGGGAUACUGCAAAGUUCCGUGAAUAAUGACUUUUGUGAUAAAUGAGGUGGCGAAUGUUUUGUGUUAGUUUUAAGUGCAAUACUAACUUUCUCUUACAUUAGUAUUAAUUUUGAAGUAGACUCAACGUACUUUGAGACCCUGAUUUGCCUUUAGGAACAGAUUUUUGCCAUCACAGUUUCUUUGACUGUUCUGGCUUAUUCCUGAAAGCUUAGCCACAUUGGACCAUAUUUUCCCAAGGCAGCGCAUGCUGGUGAGGAACGAGGACAGCUUUGUGUGGAUACUUGAAGUGACUUCAUACCGGCAGUGCCACACAGUGGAGCAUGGUCAAGUCAGCAUUGAUUUUUUUCUGGUCAUACACUCACAUUCCAUGUGUCUUACUCAAAAGUUAUAUUCUUUUUAGUUGGAAAGAAUUGG